AUGUGUGUUGAUAGAUGCUACUGUGCAGCGCGUCUUCUCGACCCACAGGUGGAAGACAGUUUGUUCGCUAAGUACUUCCUGCGUAUAACACUGGCUUCAUUCAUGGAGGUUUUAAAGGAGCUUCAUACUUCUGUUACCAAGACCCUUGGGCAUCACUUCGAUAACGCCUAUAGAGAUUUAUAUCAAGAGCUCGCUCUUCGCGAUGCGAGAGUCCAGGCGGCCAAAGAGGCGACUGAGGUUGCAGAAGGCGCACGUCAGAAAAUUAUCGAGGAAGUGGUGACCUUGAAGAAAGAAGUUACACUUCUCCGGGAAGAAAUGCGUCUCAGCGAUAUUGGCUCAAAUGAAGACGGGCUUAUCCGCGAGAAAUGUCUUGAAUUGGAAGCAGCAUAUGCACCACAUCGCAUACAAGAACUCACCAAUGUUAAUGCCAUGGAAGCAUUGGAAUCCACUUGUGGUGCUGAGACCAUUUUUCAAAAAUAUGCUGCACUCUAUCAUGAAACCCAGACACUUAUGAAAGCCUCCGAUGAACUCAAGAAACAGGUAAAACGCCAUAAAAAGAAGUUGACAUACUGGCGAAAGAGCCUUGACCGCGACAAAUUUACGCUGGUGCUUGACGGAGUAGAAGUUCACUUUCAACGACUUAAAAAGGCAACGGAUGAUGAUCAAAUGCCGUCAACUCCUAUGAUGCCAGUAACUUUUACAGAGUCUUCUGGGCCGGUUGCUCGAAUUGCCGUGAACGAAGCUCUGACUCCUGUUCUAAACAGCCCAUAUUCUGAUACAUGCAAUGACGUGUCAAAUGAUGGCGCUCAGAUUAUAAAACCGAACGGCUGCAAUGAUUUGCUCCAGAAGCCACAAUUAAAGCCAACAUCAAUGCAACCAGUUGAUACAUAUGCAAACAAGGAAGCGGUAAUAACCCGUCAGGCAUCAAAUCCCCUCUCGGAAGCAGCGAAACGGAAGUACAUUGCAUUAGAAGAAUCCGCCCAGGGUUCUUUAGUUCUACGGGACAACUUCCCCAGUGACAACGCCGUCAGGUCAUCGCAGUCCCUUUUGAUCAAAGACUUAAAUACGCCAUCCGACCCGCUACAGCCUUCAUCCCCAAAUUGCAACGUUGUUGGGACCCAAGACUUAGAUGAAGUUGGCGAUGCAGUGGAAACACCAAGGAAGAAAAAGAAGCACAACCAUAGCCAGCAUCUCCGAGAGGCUUCUACUGCCCUAGAAGGGCGGCGCGUCGGAAGCGAAGAUAGCUUAUACUGUAGUCCGGCAUCUACUCAUUCAGCCUUGAAAAGAUCGACAGUACUUCAAUCUGCUGAUUGCAGCUUGAAAAUCAACGGACCUACUCAAUGGCCAGGCGGGAAGCUUGCGAGAUCUACAAGGAACCCCCCCCAAAAAGCUAUAUCUUCAAUAACUGAGGAUGGCGACCAAAAUUACUCGGCUGUGUCAGGAAGACAAAAGUUCAACACGUUAGCAUCCAAAAGUGGAUCCCGACCCUCGGGCCUAAAUAACACUGACCGGAGUACCGAUCAACGACUGCAAUGUCUGCUUGAGGGUCCCUUGCCUGCUAAACAAAAUCUACAACCUAAGCCAGUCACUAGAGAAGUGCCACGGACUCUCAAAGAACGAGAUUCUUUGUGGACAUGCGAUGGAGAUGUGACGGCACACUCGACUGCAACGGUCUUCUCAUCAAGCUGUGAUACAAAGGUAACAGGAGAGGGCUCUCUGACCGAGCCAUUCAGGGCUCAGCCGCUUCACCGUCUUGAGCUCAACCAUUUCAAGCUCAACCCAAACUACAACCAAGGAGUAGAUUAUGCUUUCAGCAGUGUGGUUCGCAAGAGGGACGAGCGGAAAUGUGCAAAUGGCUGUACACGUCUCAGCUGCUGCGGCAACAAAUUCCAUGCCAUGGCACGCCUCGGCGAUCUAUCAGCCAAUGUGACAUCCACCAGGGAGAAAGAAAAUGAAGAUCAAAGAGUCCUGGAAGACUACUUGGCUGAUGGAAAACAUGCACUUGACUGGUUGAGCUCCGAAGAUCGGGAGCGCCUUUUACAAGAGGCGAAAGCAAAACUCAUUGCUGAUCGGUAUGGAAAGCACAGACAUCACCAUCAGCGGUUAGGGUCACCCCCUGGAUAUUGGCGCACUGACAUGCCUGACACGCAGGAGCUGCAGCGGGAUCACAAGGAGGCGAGAGAGCUUGAAAGAGAAAGGGUGACAGAUCGGUAUAGGGAAGCAAUGCGACCAGGCGGCCUCUGGAAGUUUGCAGAUGAGUGAGCAUACUUAUGUUCUCUACUUACAUAACAAGUCACCUGGAAACACAAACAUGAAAUCCUGCACAACAUAUAGACUCCCAUUAUCUCUCUUCUGGUUAUCUUUCUUCGGGUUUAUCCAAGUGCACUGAUAUUAUUGAGACCAAGCGACAGUACAAUUACAUGUAUAUAGGGAAAGAAAUGAGGGAUAUAGUGAAAGCAUAAGGGACAGUACUCUAUAGACUAGCAUUAUCAAAGAGUACAGUACAGCCGUGAAGAAAAUAAUAGUAAAAAAAUAAUUAACUCACUAACAGGUAAUAAUACUAUUAUAUUAUAAACUGCAAGCCAGAGCAUGCUAU